AUGUUAUCGGUUACUGAUAACAUCGUUGUACCGAUGCAAUGCUUCAGUCCCAAGAAGCCAAAUAAAUCAUCCAUUCAAAUUCAUAUACAUAAUUUUAUAUUAUCAGAGUGUUUCUCUCACUUACAGGGAGCGCAGGGCAAGUGGGACCGAGACCCUCUGCAGUACGCCAGCAAGGCCUACUGUACGGCACGUCAGGAGCUGAACAUCCUAUUGACCUUGCGCCAUCCCCACAUAGUGCCACUGGUGGGAGUGUGUACACGACCUCUGGCUCUGGUACUGGACCUGGCACCCCUCGGGGCUUUGGACAUAACACUGCGGCACUACAGACGGAGUGGAGCUAAGCUGCCUACUUACACACUGCAAGCUGUUAUACUGCAGACGGCGAAGGCAAUAGAGUAUCUUCAUCAGCAGCAUAUCAUCUACAGAGACCUGAAGAGUGAGAAUGUGUUGGUGUGGUCUAUUCCUCCUCCCUUCCACGAUCACAUGGAGGUGCCUGUACACAUCAAGCUGGCAGACUAUGGUAUCAGCCGACUGACCUUACCUUCUGGCACCAAAGGGUUUGGAGGGACAGAGGGAUUCAUGGCUCCGGAAAUCAUGAGAUAUAAUGGUGAAGAAGAAUACACAGAAAAGGUGGACUGUUUCUCCUUUGGUAUGUUCAUAUACGAGCUGCUCACACUUCAUCAACCGUUUGAGAGCCAUGAGUCUGUCAAGGAGUGUAUCCUGGAAGGUGGCCGACCUCCUCUCACUCACAGGGAAACCUUGUACCCAACCUACAUGCUGGACCUAAUGGUGCUGUGCUGGUGUCAGCAACCACGAGAUCGACCUUCAGCCAGCCAGAUAGUGUCUAUCGCCUCAGCCCCAGAGUUCACCCAUCUCCAUGACAUUGUGUCACUAGACCAUUCUGCUCCUGUAACUGCCACUGUGGCCGCCCCACUUCUACACACUGAGGAGGGAGGUGUCGGAGGAGAGCUGUGGCUAGCCUGUGGCAACUCUCGUACAGACCAGUUGGUUGUCAGUGGCCACACUUGUGUACAGUACUCUACACUGUCCCUUCCUGAAUGCCCGACUGCUGCUUGUCUCGUAGACAACUGUGUGUGGCUUGGCGACAAUGCUGGGACUAUUCAUGUCUUUAGGGCGGGAGACUGCAGCCAUGUGUUUAGCUACACUCUGGACCCUGCGGACACAGUUAGGGUGUGUUCUCUGCUCUACCUUAGCAAUCAGGCUCGUGUAGCAGUCGGGCUGAGCAAUGGCCGUGUGUUCUUGGUCUGCAGUGACUCAUCUCCCCCCUCCCACACCUCAGCUGAAGGUAGCUUUGUCAUGACUGAGCUAGGUAGCAGCACUGUGCUCCACGCCAUCACUGCUGUGUACUGCAGUGACGAUGGAAGUGAGUGUGAGUUGUGGUGUGGGGAGAGCCACGGAGCAUUGUCUAUCUACGCCAUGAAGGACAACGUGGUGACAGGACAUGAGUUGCUGAACCACUAUGAGCCAGUCAUCGCCAACGUGGACGUGCUACAGGUGGUGUCAUCUCACGCUCCUGUCCACUACAGGGACUGGCCAGCCUCCGUGUGGACCUACGUCUACCCUGGGUGUGUUGUUUACCAAUGGGACCCUGCAACCAGAGCUAUAGUUAACAAGCUGGACUGUUCCAAGCUGGUGCCGUGUUCUGAGAGCCUCAAGUAUAAGGGUAUUGUGUUGUGUUUCAGGGGUGUGUUGUUUACCAAUGGGACCCUGCAACCAGAGCUAUAG